AUGGCUAACAUCUUGGCAUUGAUCGUCUUUCUGAGAAAGUCAUUUCGCGUCAAAAAGUCAACAUACUUUAUUCUAAGCAUGACCGUAGCCGAUCUUCAGGUUGGCGUUGCGUGUAUUUUGAUUUUCGCAAAUAAUAUGCAACACUCGGCGCAGAUCUGGAUUAACUUCGCCUUGCUAGCGUCUCUAUUCUCGUUGGUUGGUAUUGCAGUCGAGAGGACGUACGCGGUGUUUUUCCCGUUCAAGCAUCGCUUGUCCAAAACGAGCUCCUAUCUCUUAUGGAUCACGCUUGUCGAGACUCUGGCGUUUUGCCGAGGGAUAUACCCGCUCUACCUCUUCUUUAAUGGCAAAACAGUAAAGUACUAUACAAUGUAUAUGAUAUGCUCGGAUGUAUCCGGGUACACGGUGUCCUUGGCAAUCAUCGUUACCUGCUACAUCUCUAUUUGGAUCAAGAUGAGAUUCGGGAAGACUUUUGAUAACGAGCAAGCCUCGAGGAAAAGCGCUUCGCUCGCCAAGACGCUGAGCAUUGUGACUAUCACCUCGGUAGCGUGUUUUCUAAUUCCAAUGGUAAUCUAUAUUAAUCUAGAACCCUACAAAUACUGGCAUUAUAAUAUUUUGGCAGAUGUUCUACUUCUAAGCAACUCGUUCUGGAAUGUUCUGGUAUAUUCUAUCCGCAUGCCAGAGUUCAGAAAAGAGCUGCGGGGAAUCUUGAGAGGCUUCGCAUUCUGUAUACCUUACAGAGUAGAGGUCUGCCCCUAUCAUCCCAGACAACAAAUCCAACCAUGCCCUCCUGUCAUUGGCGGCUCAUUGUCACGUGACGAGCAUGCUGUUGACAGUCCGAUGUCACGUGAAACUGUCCAUCACAUAUCACGUGACCAAUCUUGCGUUAUCCAUAGCAAUGUUGAAAAUGACCAAUGCUUCGACCGCGUGUCGUAA